AUCUGUGGGUUCAAAUUGGAAGCAACAGCAGAGGAGCUCUGUAUUCCCCAAAGUGCCCACAAGAAGAAGAAAGAUGGGACUCCAGCGGUCUCUCUGCCUCCUGCUUUUGCUCGUCUCCUCAGCUCAGCUGGAGCCCAGUCCCACGGUGGGACCGAGGGGGAACCGGCCCGUGGAGCAUGGCUACAAAUCGGAAACUUGCGCAAAGGAGAAGCAGUGGCCUUUCUGCUCGGAUGAGGACUGGGGUCCCAAAUGUCCCUCUGGCUGCAGGAUUCAGGGCCUGCUGGACAAGGCCGACCAGCAGCUCACUAUAAAGAUCGACAGGAUCCGCAAGUUCCUGGAGGAUAACCGGAAGCAUUACAAGAACACAGAUCAGUUUGCCAAGCAGACCUAUGACUACAUCCGUGAAAAGCUGGUGUCUGACACCGGUAAUGAUAACAAGUACAUGUCACUGGCUGAUCAGCUGCGCCAAAGGAUCAUCACCAUGAAGGUCAAGAUUGAUCGGCAGCUGAGACUUCUGGAAGCCCUGAAGAAAAGGGUCCAAGACCAGGUUAAAGAAAUGCAGAGGCUUGAGGUGGACAUUGACAUUAAGCUGCGUGCCUGCAAGGGCUCCUGUGCUGACUACUCCGAGUACUCAGUGGACAAGGACAGCUACGUCACCCUGGAAAAGCAGCUCAACAGCUUAGAUGAGAUGAAGUUGCAGAAUGUGGAGACAAUAAGCUCCCUCAAGGUGAUGAAGAGUAGGCCCAUGAAAGACGUCCUGGUGUCCAACAUCUUCAAGUCUGCAGGCCCUGACAGAGAGGCUCAGAAGCAGGAGUUCUUCCCCAAUGUCCAACAAGUGAAGCUGUUCCUGGAGAGCGAAGGUUCAAGUCCAUCUACACCAGCCACCAUCAGUAAGACCUCAGGUACGGCUGAGCAGCUGGGUUCCGAUGCAUCCUCCAAGUCUACCACACGUGUCACCACGCAUACGGUAAAGUGCACCAAAACCAUCAUUAAGCAGGUCUCGCACACAAAAGAUGGCCCGGUGGAGAAAGUUGAGGUGGUUAAGGGUGGGCCUGAGUGCGAGAGUAUGGGCAUCGAUGAAGCCACGCUGCUCAGUAACGCAAAAGCUGGGAAAGAGAUCUCCGGGGGCAGCUACACAGUGAAGGGCACUAGCAUGACCUCGGGUGACUUCAGCAGCCUUUUCCCUGACAUGAGACACCCCCAGCCAGACAGUGGAAAGUCCAUCACGCAGCUGAGCCGUGGAGACGGACCACCAGGUGAGGCAGCCUUGCUUGACAGCGACUUCUUCAGGGAAUUUAGUAGCUCCAGCUCAUCCUCGAAGACCAUCACUAGCGGGUCAAGCAAGACCAGCCACUCAAUCACGAGUAAGACCUUCGCUGGCGACGACCUAGGGGGCUUUGCUCACAGUGACGUGGAUGAUGACCUGCCCGAUAUCCAAGCCCGCAGCUUCAAGAGCACAACGAAGAGAAAGAAGAGGGAUUACAUUGGAAAAGAUUGUGUUGAUAUCCUCCAGAACCAUGCGUCAGGACAUAAAAGCAACCUGUUCAAAAUUAAGCCCGAGGGCAUGGAGGAAGUGGUAGAGGUUUACUGCGACCAGGACACUGUGCUUGGCGGCUGGGUCCUGGUGCAGCAAAGAAUGGAUGGGUCCGUUAACUUCAACCGGACCUGGGAGGACUACAAGGAAGGCUUUGGCAGUGUAGACCAGCAGGGCAAGGGAGAGCUUUGGCUCGGGAACAAGCACCUGAACUCCCUCACGCAGGCCGACAGCGUGCUCAGGGUCGAGCUGGAGGACUGGGAAGGCCAGGCUUUCUACGCUGAGUACACAGUUAGAGUAGGGCCGGAAUCGGAGGGCUACACCCUGACAGUGUCCGCGUACUCGGGCAAUGCUGGGGAUGCCCUCAUCGCAGGGCAGCCCAAUUUGGGAGCGUUCCUCUCUCAUGCUAGCAUGAAGUUCAGCACGUUUGACAAAGACCACGACCGGUGGGAGGAGAACUGCGCUGAGAUGUAUGGUGGUGGCUGGUGGUACAACAACUGCCAGUCAGCCAACCUAAAUGGAAUUUAUUACAAAGGGGGCCCGUACGACCCAAGUAGCAACGUCCCCUACGAGAUUGAGAACGGCAUCGUGUGGCUGACACUAAAGCCAGCUGACUACUCACUGAAAGCUGUCAGUAUGAAAAUUAGACCUCUUGACUCCAUGUGAGAAAUAGACCUCCUUCUUCUGGAUUAUGGGAUAAAUAUGCAAAAUAUUCCUAAGCAAUCAUGUAACUUCAGGCAAGAGCUCAAUAAAGAAAUGUGUUCACCUCA